AUGGCUGACGAGUACGCAGACUUGAAGCAGAUGUUGCAGCAGCAGCUGAAGCUGAUGGAGGCUCUGACCGUCAAGCUAUCCAAUUCAUCUAUGGGCCAAUCAAGCGCGGCUGGUGGUUCACAAUCGGUUGAUCACAUUGCCGGCAGCAUCACCGAAUUCUUGUAUGACCCGCAGCCCCAUAUCACCUUUGAUUCCUGGUACAAGCGAUACGAGGACUUGUUCUCUGUCGAUCUGGCUGCCCAGGACGAUGCAUGGAAGGUCCGACUUCUACUUCGCAAACUGGGUCCGGCUGAACACGAGCGUUAUGCAAACUUCAUCCUUCCCAAGAAUCCCCGGGAAGUCGCUUUCAAGGACACGGUCGAGACGUUGUCGCAGAUUUUUGGUGAGCAAUCAUCUCUCUUCAACACUCGAUUUCAGUGCUUGCAAUUGUGCAAACGAGAUUCCGAUGAUUCAUCACGUACGCGGGCAUUGUUAAUCGUGAGUGUGGGCGUUUCCAACUCGGUUCUCUCACUGAAGACCAGUUUAAAUGCCUUAUAUUUAUCUGCGGCCUCCAGUCCCCCAAGGAUGCUGAUAUCCGGACACGUCUCCUGUCCAGAGUGCAGCAGAACAACUCUACCACACUCCAAGAGCUGGCAGCAGAGUGCCAAACGCUGAUCAAUCUCAAGCACGACUCUGCAAUGAUUCAGAACCCGGCCUCAUCUUUCUCAGUCCAUACGGUCACAUCGACCAAAUCGCAUCCUGCUACACGGCCCAAGCAAGUGUCCAAGUCGAGAUCUCCGCCAUCUCCCUGUCGGCACUGUGGCGCGUGGCAUUUCCACCGGGAUUGCACUUUCCGCCAGUAUCGCUGCCAAAGCUGUAA